AAUUUACAAGAUGUUAAAUAUAGCGAUUCGGAUUUGUGCAAACUUUCUGAAAGGAUUAAACCUUAUAUUAGCAAUGUUAAACCUGAAAAUGCGAUGAAAUUGACUCGGUGGUUGUUCAGAGUAUCAUUUCUAAUAAUCACUCGAACGACCUGUUAA